AUGGGGGCGUUCGGGUGGGUCAGUGUUUCGCUCCUGGUUCUGUCCUUGCAGACGUCCCUGGUCGCCUCAGACUGUAAGAUAACCUUUGCGACAUCAUCCGGACCCACGUCCAUCCGGGUCCAGUGGGAACCGUACAUAGGAGCUACCAACUACUUUCUGGACCUGAGGGUGAGAAACAACUCCAACUUCGCUCCAGUGGUCGGGACGUUACCAGGGAGUAAGACCCAGAAGGACAUCCAGGGUUUGAGACCCGGCACCAAAUACGCGGUGACCCUCAAGGUCUUCCAGUUCUACUUCAUGGUGUGUCGGUACACGACCGAAGCAUCCACAGUGCCCGCCACUUCUCAGAUUGUCAAAGCAGAGGCUCUAGCCAGCACCUCCAUCAGUGUCCAGUGGACCUUGGUCCCAUCAGCCGAACAGUACCUGCUCCAGGUGACGUCCCAGCAGAGCGGUCAGGUGGUGGAGGUGAUGCAGACCGGUGUGUCAGCUGUCAUCGAGAAUCUGACUCCGUCCACCAACUAUGACUGUUUGGUCUUCACCAUCAACCACGCCGGUCGUGGCUCACCCAGCAAAGUCCGGACAGUCACCACACUCACUCAGCCGCCGCUGGAGGUAACAGUGACACAGACUGGUCUGAGUUCGGCACAGAUUCAGUGGGACCCGGUCUCGGAUGUCUUGCUUUAUCGUGUUAAUGUUCGUCAAGUGGGGGCCUCCCAGAGCAACACAUACAACGUAUCAGGGACAAGUCUGGACGUGGGUGGGAUCAUGGCAUGUUCCUCUUACCUGAUCUCCGUGUCGUCGUACAGCAAGUUCCUGGUGCCGAGCGAGCCCACCGUUUCUACCUAUACAACCAACAGCCUUACUCCGGUGCCGGAGGUCACAGUGGACUACCAGUGUUUUGGAAAUUUGGCAACAGUCCACUGGGUUUCGGUCUCCGGUGCUGACUCCUACAGGGCAGUGGCAUUGAGCCUGAGUGAUGGGCCUCAACUGACGUGCACAAGCAGCGCCACCAGCUGUCAGUUGGAGGGGGUGCAAUGCGGCCAGACGUACACGAUACACGUCACACCACUUUCGGAGAACUGCGAGAACAUGGAGAACGUCACGUCAGCAACUUUUACCAGCGGAAACCUUACCUUGCUGCGCGACUGCUCCAGUGAGGUCGUUGAGUUUUCAUGGGACCGGACGAACCACACAGACCACUACCUCGCCCGGGCCGUUGAUUCUCAGGGUGAGGUCCAGGAGUGUCUGACGGAGGACAACUCCUGCUACUUCACUCACACUGUCUGUGGCCGCCACUACUAUUUCAGCGUGCUGUCCAUCUGGGAUCAAUGUCGAAGUGCUGUCAGUGCCACUGCAGACAUACGCACAGCCCCCUGCAUUCCCCAGAACUUACAAACAUCAGCUGAUUGUAACUCCAAUGUACUGGUCAGUAAGUGGGACCUGGCGGAGGGGGCGCUGCGCUACACUGUUGAGGCUUUUGGCAACAGAGGCCACAGCCACUACAACUGCAGCUCACUGUCCAACAGCUGCGCCAUGGAGGGCGUCCAGUGUGGUGACUUCCUGACAGUAUACAUAACUGCCCAUGACGACGAGUGCUCCAGUCCCAGGGCACUGGGGCCAACGGCAGGGACAGUUCCCUGUAAGCCUGAGAACACGACUGCAGUGCGGGACUGCGGCGCAGAUUCUGUCACCGUCACCUGGAACAUGUCUUGGGGUGCCAUUUUCUAUGUUGCUUUGGUGAGAGACAGCAGCGGCACCCUCCACAGUUGUAACUCCAUGGACCUGAUGUGCCAGAUAGUGGGGCUCCGCUGCGGCACUGAGUACACGGCACACGUUAUUGCAUCCAACUUCCUGUGCAACAGCACAGAGAGCGACAGUGUCAUCGUAGAAACAGCUCAAUGUCCACCAGAUAAUGUUUCUGCCUCCCUGGACUGUGAAGCAAAUGAGGCUGUCAUCUCCUGGCGAGAACUGCCUGACGUGAACUCUUACACCGCUAGCAUUGUAGAUGAGGAACAAGUCCUGCUCAGCUGCAGCUCCACCACCACCAGUUGUCGGGUUCCACACCUGAAGUGCGGACAGACAUACACGGUCACAGUCAGACAUCAUGACGGCGUCUGUCCCAGCAUGGCGUCUGAACCAAUGCAAAUGGCGUCUGUUCCCUGUGGCCCUCAGGUGGCUGCCAGCAUUGACUGUAGCGCCCAUGCUUUAGAGAUUGGCUGGACAACCGCAGCAGUGGCUGAAAGUUUCACGGCUUUAGUCUCUAAUGGCCAGAGUACAAGGUCUUACAACACCACAGCUGAGUCCCUCACGGUCAGCCAACUGGAGUGCGGCACCACAUACACGUUGACAGUGAUGUCAGUCAGCGGCGAGUGCAUCAGUCGUCCCUCAGUUGUGCCUGUCCAGGAGAUUCCAUGUUUGCCCACCGAAGUGGCAGCGCACACACCGUGUAACGGCACAUCGAUUGAAGUGUCAUGGGCAUCAGCCAGUGGUGCCUCCAAAUACCAAGUAACAGCGUACGAUCAAGAAGGCAGGCGACGCUCAUGUGACACAAACUCAACUUGGUGCAGACUGGAUGCCGUCUCCUGCGGGCAGGUGUACGAGGUGGUGGUUUCCGCGGGGAACAGUGAAUGCAGCAGUAACGGAACUACUGCACUGAUAGUGCCGACAGCACCCUGCCCCCCGACACACUUGUCUGCCGUGAUCAACUGCACCACUAACACUGCCCUGCUGGCCUGGGUGGGCAGCGGCAAUGCUGAGUUCUACACAGCAAGUGCAGUAAGCUCCAGCCAACACCAGGUGGCAUGCAACACAACGACCCCUGGCUGUAUGCUGGACGACCUGCAGUGUGGGGAGCAGUACAACGUGACCGUGUCCUCCUCUGAUGGAGAGUGCACAACACCGUGUGUUGUCCAGGACGUGGUCGUCUCUCUCAACUGCAGCUCCAAUGCUCUGACGGUUAGCUGGAUGGCCACUAGCACGCCUCUGAACUACAGCGCCUCCGCAGUGGCUGCAGACGGUACCAUACUCUCAUGUCUGACCGAGCACUCACACUGCACCUUGUUGGACCUGGCGUGUGGAGAGCGGUACGAAGUGUCGGUGAGAGCUGUGUGCGACACGUGUCGUGGACCCAGCAGUGCCCGUCACAUCGUCCACACAGCUCCGUGUGUCCCUGAUGAGGUCCGGAGCGAUGUGGACUGCUCCUCCAACAGCCUGCAUGUGUCCUGGGGGGCAGCAUCUGGGGCCCAGUCGUAUGUGUCCACUUUGACUGACAUGGACGGGGUUGUCACUUCCUGUUCGUCCUCCCACCUGACCUGUGUCUUUCCUAACCUGCCAUGCGCUCGGACUUACUGGCUGAGCGUAUCAGCGCGCGGCGACCAGUGUGAUGGCUCAGAGAGCGGUGGCAUCUCCGUUAGCACUGCCCCCUGUGAUCCUACAGAUGUUUCAGUGGAUCUGGACUGUGUGUCAGGAGCUGCCACAGUGAAGUGGACACAGAGUGCCGGAGCUCAUUUCUAUAUGGUUGUAGCUGAAACAGGAACAUUGUCAGACUCCUGCAGAACCAGUAACACUACUUGCCAGCUGGGGGCGUUGCAAUGUGGUGAGAACUACACCAUCUCUGUGUUUGCUGGUGAUGGAGACUGCAACAGCAGUGCGCUCGCCAGAACGACCCUGUCUACAGGUCCUUGUCCUCCUGCUGAUCUGCAACCUCUGCUGGACUGUACCUUAAACACAGCUGUGGUCUCGUGGAGGCCAGACGUCAACGCCUUGAGCGUAACGGUCACUGCCAAGUCAGAGCUGGAUGACUCUGCCACCUGCAGCUCCACAAAUCACAGCUGUGUUUUGUCACAGUUGCAAUGUGGACGCGUCUACCAUGUGAACGCUGUUGCGCAUGGAGCCCUCUGCCAUAGCAACAUCAGCAAGAGGCUAGAUAUUGUCACAGCUCCUUGCACCCCCGCCCAGGUGGAACACACCUACUCAUGCGACACUGGGAUUGCCUUGAUGAGCUGGGACGAUUCUCUUGGUCGGAGUGGCUUUCAUGUGGACAUAGUUUCACAAGAUCACGCAAUGUCCUGCAGCACCAGCGAUACCUACUGCUCCUUCACCUCGCUGCUGUGUGGACACACGUAUAAUGCGAGUGUUACCGCAGUGGCUGACCACUGCAACAGCAGCGCCUCCACCCUAACAUCCAUUCAGACAGCACCGUGUGCCCCUGCCAACCUUAGUGCUGCAUUGCUGUGUGACAACAACACUGCCUCAGUCACCUGGGAGUCGAGUCCUGGUGCAGAGUCUUACAAAGUAUUGGCACAAAGCCAUGACGGAGAUGUGAAGCACUGUGUCACCAGCAACACCAGCUGUCUCCUACCCAACAUGCACUGCUCGCAGACCUACCUGAUCACUGUAACGCCCAUGUCAGCCCAGUGCAGGGGGAUCGAGAGCCCACCCCUACUCUACAUAGCAGGCCCCUGUCCUCCAACAGACGUCCGCUUGACAAUGCAGUGUAUGGGUAACAUCGGUCAUGUGACCUGGUCAUCAGUUCUGCGUGCAGAAAUGUAUGUUGCCAUCGCAACGCCUGUUGGAAUAGACGGUCGGGUGCAUGAGUGCUCGACCAAUGGGACCGGCUGCUCCCUGUCUGACCUUCUGUGCGGAGAGACCCUAAGCAUUUCGGUGGUGACGGAGGAACGGGGCUGCCGUAGUGCGCCCAGCCCGCCUUUCAGUUUCCAGUCAGCCGUGUGCCCACCGAUGACUGUGGAGGGAGUGACCUCCUGUGGCACCAAUGAUAUUACAGUGAGCUGGGAUGCUAGCACACGAAGCCCUGCAACCUACAUCAUCCACGCACAGAAAGUGGGUGGUGCCAUAGCCACCUACAGCACCUCUGACACGUCACAGAUGAUCGGUGGGCUGGUGUGUGGGGAGGCCUAUGCCCUGAGUGUGGCUGUUCUAGACUCAGAGUGUACCAGCGAGCCCAGUGACCCGAUCCGCACUGAGACAGCUCCUUGUCCUCCCACUAAUCUGACGGUCCAGACAGAGUGCGGCACAAACCUCGGCAUCUUCUCCUGGUCUGCUAGUCUGCAUGCAGUAUCAUACAUGGUCGACGUCACUGGACCUCAGGGUCACGCAGCCUACUGCUCGUCCAAUAGCACCAGCUGCUCUGUGAAGUUGGACUGUGGACGGCGCUACACAGCCACCGUCAUCGCGAGCAGUCUUACAUGCAACAGCAGUGAAGGAGCAACAGUGACCUUUGACUCAGCACCUUGUCUUCCUGACCAGGUGGUGGCAUCAGUGCAAUGCUCUGACAAUUCAAUGUCAGUUCAGUGGCGUGGUAGCGCCGGCGAGCUGUCGUACACAGCGAUUGCCAUCGGGAGUGACCAAAGCCGACUCACAUGCAACACCACCGGAACCAACUGCACAAUCCCGGACCUGAGGUGUGGCCUCACCUACAGCAUCGUUGUCACCACGCCAAACGUCAACUGUGGAACCAUCCAGGGCUCUGACUAUCAGGUGCAGUCAGCUCCCUGUCGUCCCGACACCGUGCACGUUGACAUCUGGUGCAGCAGCAACAUGGCCCAUGUGACGUGGCAGAACACGGGUCCAGAUCAGACUCAGGUUGUGACUGCCACUGACCCCAGAGGUGUAACCACCACAUGUAACUCUACUGGAUCCAACUGCACCUUCGACACUCUGACCUGCGGCGAGACUUACACAGUCAGUGUUGCUGGGCACACAGAGACGUGUAGCCUCGCUUCUGUCACCACGGCGUCAGUCAGCAUGGCUCCUUGUCUGGCCACCCACGUCACAGCUACAUUGGACUGCAACACUGGCAUCUCUGUGGUCAUGUGGGAUGCCUCCCGUGGUGCCAUCACCUACACAGUAUCUGCUAACGGCAGUGCCGGGUUCAAUGCAGAGUGUCACAGCAGAGACAGUUAUUGUGACUUCCUGGAUCUUGAGUGUGGCCAGGAAUACAGCAUCACUGUGGUGGGUCACGGUGACGUGUGCACUGGCCCCGUCAGCAGAGCCAUCAACCUUACCACAGGUCCCUGCCCCCACAGCAAUCUACAGACAUCGCUGGACUGUAGCACCAAUACCGCGCUGGUCUCCUGGAGUCCUGGUCGGAAGAUCUUAUACUACAAUGCCACAGCAGCUGGCUUUAAUGUGGGUCACCAGGAGAGCUGUUCCACCAGCGGCGCCGCUUGCAACAUCAGCGGGCUGCUUUGCGGCGAGGCGUACAAGGUCACUGUGAGCGGCCAGGGACAGAAUUGUCCGAGUCCUGCGCAAGACUGGACUCGCAUCAACACAGGCUCAGCCUCGUACCGCGCCAUUGCCUUGGAUGCCGAGGGACACCAACUAUCCUGCAGCACUGAAGGAGGCAGCUGCAACAUCACUGGACUGAUGUGUGGCAGAUGCUACAAAGUGUACGCAGUGGCAGUUCACGAGACGUGUGAGAGCCUGAGGAGUGAGCUGCGGGAGAUAAACACAGCUCCUUGUGUCCCUCAGGAGGUGGUCACGCACCUGGAUUGUCUCUCCGGUGUCGUCAACAUCACCUGGAAUUCGUCCGGCUUUGCUCCGCACUUCCAUGUCUCUGUCUUAAAUGGCAAUGGCGAGCACCUUGUGAGCGAAACUGACAUCCAUCACUGUAUGCUGGAAAACCUGCAGUGCAGCCACACCUACAACGUCACUGUGACAACGACGGAUGGGUCGUGCAACAGCGAGGAAAGCGCUGUGACUCACUUGACCACAGCUCCAUGUCCCCCACCUGCCUUUACGUCCUCACUGGACUGCACAACGGGCAUCGUGUCUGUCACCUGGUCGGACAGCAUGGUCGGAGUUGUGUAUGAGGUGAUGGCAGAAGACGCUCUUGGACGUAGACACCACUGCAAUGGCAGCAACAGUUGUGAUCUGACUACGCUGGCCUGUGGGACCCACUACAACCUCAGUGUAACAGCAUCCAGGGACGGAUGUGCGGGCAGAGCCAGUCCCCUUCAGCUGAUUGAUACAGGACCCUGCCCCCCCCACCUGUCCUCUGUGGACAUCGACUGUCUCACCAACUCAGCCUGGGUGAUGCUGGGUGAAGCGUCCAGCGGGGACAGCUACGUUAUCAUUGCUACAGACAGCCGUGGCCUCGUGCAAAACUUUGGAUGUAAUUCUACCCUCGAUGGUGUGUGUGAGCUCCCCCCGCUGGCCUGCAGCGAGACUUUCUCCUUCACCGCACAAGCCUCAAAUCACAAGUGCAGCAGCGGGCCUGGUAAUACGGUUGUCAUGGAGACAGGUCCGUGUCCUCCUGAGAGUGUGGACAAGUGGAUUAGCUGCGAAAACCGCAGCGUCAGUGUCUCCUGGGCAGCAGUAGGUGGUGCACUAUCCUACACUGCCACACUGGAGCAGGUGGACGGAGACUCAUACUGCUGCACGGUGGCGGACACCAGCUGUGACAUCAGAAACCUGCCAUGCGGACAGAUGUUUGUGCUGCUGGUGUCUGCUGAGGGACGAACCUGCAACAGCUCACAGAGUGAUGGAGACAUUGUUAUGACAGGUCCGUGUGUCCCACAGGACUUGAGGUCCAGUCUCAACUGCUUGGACAAUGUGGCUUCCAUGUCGUGGAACCAUAGCAGAGGGGGGCAGCUUUACCGGGUUACUGCCAUCAAUGCCGACGGACACGUUGACCAGUGCACCUCGUACGAGAACCACUGUGAGCUGACUGGACUCCAGUGUGGUGCUGUCUAUAAUGCGACAGUGACAGCUGAAGAUCAGGUGUGCCAGAGCGAGUCCAGCCAACAGGUCAUCAUCAAGACAGUCCCCUGCAGUGUCACCAAUGUGUCCUCUGUGGUCGACUGUGAGGGGGGAUCUCUGACCGUGUCCUGGUCUCUGGGUUUGGGCGCUGACUCCUAUGUCGCGAAGCUCCAGGACAGCAAUGGUCAAAGCACCACAUGCACCUCCCAGCAGGGCUCCUGCAGUGUCACUGGUCUCAGUUGUGGACAGGUGUAUCGCGUCUCUGUAGUGUCCUCUGACGGGUACUGUGAAAGCCCCGCCAUUGAAUCAACACCAGCCCCUCCAGUUCCAUGCCCACCAAGACUGGUCACUGCAGAGAUGGACUGUGAAACUGGAGUUGCCAUAGUGACAUGGCACCCGAGUGAUGGCGCUGUUAGUUACGUGGUCACUGCUAUGUCGUCUGACCAUAACGAAACCUCAAUAAGCAACUCAACACACUGUGACUUGCACAGUCUGCAAUGUGGGCGGAGCUACGCCGUCUUGGUAACUGCGGUGGGUCAUGUGUGCAACAGUGUGGGCCUCAUGACAAGUCCGCUGCUCACUGAGCCAUGUAUUCCAGAAGGCAUCCAAGUGCAGUACAGUCUGACCAUUGGCCAAGUGACGUGGGGGCAGGCGGCUGGAGCAGACUCGUACAGUGUGAUGGGCGCGUCUGAGAGUGGAAGCUCCGCCUCCUGCAGCACAACAGACACUUACUGUGUCCUCUAUGAUCUCUCCUGCAGUCAGAUGUACACAGUCAAUGUUUCUGCCCACAAUCAGGUGUGCCAACGUGGCUCGGCCUCCCUGGAGGCCGUUUCUAUAGAAACUGAACCGUGCCCACCCACUGAUGUGCAGACGAGCCUGCAGUGUGAGAACAACAGCGCAGUGGUGUUCUGGGAGACGAGUUAUGGAGCUGUCGGGUAUCAGGUACAUCUGGCAGGCCGGGAUGGCCACACCCUCUCUUGCUACACUGGGGAGGAGUUCUGCAAGCUCGAUGGGCUUCACUGUGGUGGGGUCUACCACACCUUUGUGGUUGCCGUAGGAGCGACUCUCAACAGUAGCGAGUCUGACACGGUUCUGCUCACCUCAGGUGAGCAACAAUGA